AUGGACCAACAUUCGUUUGGGGACACUGAUAGUUCCAAAUCAAUAAUUCCUGAGGUUCCGGACAACAAAAAGACCUCGGGUUCCAGAAUACCGCGGUGGUUGCGAAUUCAAGCGACUAAGAUCCGUACAAGCCGGACUCGCCAGGCCCUCCUCGCUUUCUUUUUUGUUAUCAUUGUCGUUCUUCUCGCUGUUCUCCUAUGGUUGGACAAUAGUGGACACUUAAAGGAAGCAUUCAAGAAAACAACACAGGUCCAACUAAAUCAAGGGACUUAUCUUGGCGAGGUUGUGGCGCAAAGCUCGAAACUUCCACGCAGCAUCGAAGCAUUCCGCGGAAUACCAUAUGCGCAGUCCACAGCUGGCAACAAUCGCUUCAGACCUCCGCAGCCAAUAAAUGACACGGCAAGCCACGUUCAACGUGCCCUCACUUCCGGCCAUGUCUGCCCCCAGGGUACGGGUGGAAAAAACCAAGGCGAGGAUUGCCUAAACCUUAAUAUUUAUAGACCUCAUUUUAGCGAUGACCCGGCGACCGCUGAAGCCGAGAUGUCAAAGCUUGGCGUCAAUGGCACGAAGUUACCGGUAGUGGUCUAUGUUCAUGGCGGCGGAUUUAAUUCUGGAAGUGGGCAGGAGAGGAACAUGAUGACAUUUGCGUCAUGGUCUGAGACCCCUCUUAUUGGCAUAAGCUUCAACUACCGGGUUGGAGCCUUGGGUUUCCUUCCGAGCGGAGUAACCGCCAAGGAAGGUCUGCUGAAUAUAGGGCUGAAGGACCAGCAGGCGCUUUUUAAAUGGGUACAGGACAACAUAGCUGACGUUGGCGGUGACCCGAAAAAUGUUACGAUAAUGGGAUUAAGUGCUGGUGCCCAUUCGAUUGGACAUCACUUAAUAUCGUACUCUUCUGCAAAUAAGCUGACAUCGGCACCCGCACCUUUUCAAAAAGCAAUCCUCGAAUCCGGUGGAUCGACUGCUCGCGCUACCUUCAACCCUACCCACCCGCUUCAUGAACAGCAAUUCCAAGAAUUCUUGACGAACUGUGGAUUGGAUGACACUCCUGACGAUAAGAUCUUCGAAGAGCUCCGUGCUCUUCCCUUAGACAAAGUCGUUUCUGCAUCUCACAACGUAUACCGGCGCUGGGAUCCGAGUAUACGUUGGCCUUUCCAGCCUACUAUCGAUGGGCCCGGAGGUAUAAUACCAGACUUGCCUAUUAAGUCUUGGGAGAAGGGACAUGUUCUACGUAUCCCAAUAAUGACGGGUUACAACACAGACGAGGGUGCUGAUUUCAUCCCAACCCACUCAAGCAACUCGUCAACGAUGCGCACACUGAUGUCUGCUAUUGUUCCGUCUCUCAAUAAGACAGACCUAGGAACACUCGAUUCUUUAUACCCUGAUCCUAGCACCACGCGCGGGGAGAGUUUAUACAUUACUGAGCCACCUGCUGGCUUUGGAUCACAGUUUUGGAGGUUGGACGACGUGUACGGGCAUUACGCGUAUAUCUGCCCUGUGCUGCAGACAGCACAUUUGGCCUCGACGGCAGCUGAUGCCGGUCCCGUCUAUGCGUACCAUUACGCUGCUCGAUCGAACACUCACGGUGGUGCAGACCAUGGCGAUGAAGCCCCUAUCGUAGCUCACGACAUGGAUGUUGUUAGCAAGUAUCCAGGCAUCAUGACGAUGGCGGAUUCUAUGAAUGGCUUCUGGACUCGGUUUGCGGUUACAGGAGAUCCAAAUUCUGGGCCACAUAGGAACGAUACGGUUGGGGUCUCGUGGCCGAAGUUUAUCAGCCCGUUCGUUAACGACACCACAACCACUAAUAACGCGGAAAACGUAGGGAAAGUGGCCCUGUUUGGCGAGGGCAAUGACGAACGCAUGGGGGUCCGCGGACGCCAGAACAAAGGCAUCCCAGCACAGACAGGUAACUUGACAGAGCGAUUACGGGAUGAGUGCCGCUUCUGGUGGGAUAAGGUUAUAUUUAGUGAGGGCUUUGGAAACGGAAGUACGGCACUAUCAAGUAUUACCCAAAAUGCUAAGGCGGGGGCGAGGCUAUUAUAA